GGCGGGGCGAAGGGGCGGCAGGAGGACUCGCGCAGGCGCACCAAGUGUCCGAACACCUCCGUCGCCCCCUCCCGCGGGGGCUCCCUGUCCGGCGCAGGCGCACUGGGGCCUCCCGAGGCGGCGGGAUGACCCUCCAAGGGGAAGGUCACUUCCGGUCACCUAAGCGCCGUUCGGCGGGCCGCUUCCGCCGCCCCGUUUUGCUCGAGUGUCGGCCGUGUCUCGUUUCCAGACCGUUGGAGCAUGUGAACCCGCCGAGGCCCCGAUGAGUUCCAGCAUGUGGUACAUCAUGCAGAGCAUCCAGAGCAAAUACUCCCUGUCGGAGCGGCUGAUCCGGACCAUCGCGGCCAUCCGCUCCUUCCCGCACGACAGCGUGGAGGACCUGAUCCGGGCGGGAGCCGACGUGAACUGUACCCACGGCACCCUGAAGCCCCUGCACUGCGCCUGCAUGGUGUCCGAUGCCGACUGCGUGGAGCUGCUCCUCGAAAAGGGGGCCGAGGUGAACGCGCUGGACGGGUACAACCGGACGGCCCUCCACUACGCGGCGGAGAAGGACGAGGCCUGCGUGGAGGUCCUGCUGGAGUACGGGGCGGACCCCAACUCGCUGGACGGCAACCGGGACACGCCCCUGCACUGGGCGGCCUUCAAGAACAACGCGGACUGCACCCGGGCCCUCCUGGAGAGCGGGGCGGCCGCCGACGCCCGGGACUACAACGAGGACACGCCGCUCAGCUGGGCCGCCAUGAAGGGCAACCUGGAGAGCGUCAGCGUCCUGCUGGACUUCGGGGCCGAGGCGCGCGUGGUCAACCUCAAGGGCCAGACGCCCAUCUCGCGGCUGGUGGCCCUGCUGGCGCGGGGCCUGGGCACGGCGAAGGAGGAGGCCUGCCUGGAGCUGCUGCACCGGGCGGCUGCCCGCCUGGAGCUGCGCCAGGACGGCGCCCUGCCACGGGAGCUGGCGUGGGACCAGCAGCUGUGCCGCCGGCUGACCGGGCUCUGCUCCGACCCAGCCCCGCUUAAGGCCCUGGCACGCUACGCCGCCCGCCGCGCCCUGGGCCUCCGUUUCCUCCCUGAUGCCGUCAAGGGGCUGCCGCUGCCCGAGGCCCUGAAGGGCUACCUGCUCCUGCUGGAAUAGUCCGGGGCGGGGGGGGGCGGGGGCCGGGGCCGCCUCUCUCAGCAGCCCCGGGGGGUGACUUCUGUACGGCUCUGGGGGCCCGGGGACGACCUCUCUUCAGCGCUGAGAGCCGGGGAGUGACCUCUACCCAUCUCUGGGGGGGAUCGCCAUACGGCUCCGCGGACCUGGGGGUGACCUCUCUGCAGCCCAUGGGGCCGGGGAACGACCUCUCUGGGUGCUUGGGGCCAGCCCUUCCACAGCCCCAGGGGCCUGGGGAGCAACUUCUCUGCUGCCCUGGGGGUCAGAGGACAACUUUUCCACAGCCCCGGGGGCCUGGGAGCGUCACCUUUCUGCAGCCCUGGGGGUCGGAGGGCAACCUCUACCCGGCCCCAGGGGCCAGGGUGUGACCUCUCUGCAGCCUCGGGGGCCAGGGGACAACCUCCACAGCCCCGGGGGCCUCGGGGCGACCACUCUGCAAUCUUGGGGAUCAGAGGACAACCUCUCCGCGGCCCCAGGGGCCGGGGGCGACCUCUCUGCAACCCCGGUGCCCAGAUGAGCGUAGUCGAGGGGGGCGGGGUCCGUCCAGUAUUGCACCACUCCACCCUGCCCCAGCACCAACUAGAUUUCCCUUGUCAUUUCCUGUUGAGUGCAUUCCCCCAUCCCCUCCUCUCCCUCCCCCACCCAGGGCCGUUCUCUUCGGGCAACUCUUCCCCCGUGGAGCACCUCAGGGGGGCCCCGGUGGCUCAGCGGGCCUGCGGAAAGAAGGUUCGAUAUUGCCCCCGGGACCGGGAGCCAAGUCAGCUCCCCCUCCCCCUUGCCGGAGACCCCAGAGUCGACGGGCGCCCGAAGGAGACUCGCUCCUGGACCCGGCGUCCCCAGGGCCCGAUCAGUGUUUGCAGUGUUCCGUGUGUUGCCGUUGAGUUUUGUAAGCUGUGCUUCAUCCCAGUCAACACUGGGUCCAUCUCAAAGACCGCAGGCCUGUGUGGGGGCCCGGGGCUGACCCCGUGGCCUUUCCCAGCUGGAAGCCCAAACUACAGAUCGGCCCGCCCCACCCUCUGGGACCCAGAUACAGAUGUGGGGACGAGCCCGAGAGGGAGAGAGACCGGCAGAGAGGCUUGGAGGGGGGGAGGCCGGCCGUUUGGUUUGGUGGUUUCUGUUUGCCCACUGUAACAAAAUAAUAAAUAGUUUCCGAGCAACCGCAAA